GUGACAGGCAGAGCACUGCCCAUAGGACAGCAGAGAAGUAGGAAGUCGUUGACAAAUAGUAACCGUGAGGUCGGCUGGCGUUAUCUUCCCUCUCUCUAAUCAGACUGCACAUCAAAUCGGAUUUCAAUUACCAGCGGAUUGAUGGCCUAUCCAUACGGCGGUGGUUAUGGCGCCCCCAUGCCAGGCAUGCCCCCUCAGCACGGCAUGCCACACCACCAGGGGAUGCCCGGGAUGCCCAUGGGCGGUGCCCCCCCAGGAGCCUACCCCCAGGCCCAGGCCAUGGCUUACCCUGGCACCUACGGACCCCCGCCUCCUGCCACCGACCCCAUGUGGGGGUACUUCACAGGCAUCGCCGGCCAGGACGGAGAGGUAGACGCAGAGGAACUGCAGAGGUGCCUGACACAGAGCGGCUUCAGUGGAACGUACACACCCUUCAGCUUGGAGACCUGCCGAAUCAUGAUUGCUAUGCUGGACCGUGACAUGACGGGUAAGAUGGGUUUCGAGGAGUUUAAGGAGCUGUUCAGGGCCCUGCAGGGAUGGAAGCAGAACUUCAUGAUGUUCGACCAGGACCGCAGCGGAACCGUGGAACCACACGAGAUGUCACAAGCCAUCACCUCCAUGGGCUACAGGAUCAGCCCUCAGGCUCUGAAUGGCAUCAUCAAGCGCUACAGUAAAGGAGGUCGCAUCUACUUUGACGAGUAUGUGGCCUGCUGUGUCAAACUCAGGGCACUGACAGACAACUUCAGGAGAAGAGAUACCAUGAAUCAGGGGUCUGUGAUGUUCCAGUAUGACGAUUUCAUCGUGUGCACCAUGGCCUUAUAAGGGAUCUCCAUCUACAACCUCCCCCCCAAGAAGAGGAAAGCAUGAUGGUGAUGGAGAUAAAUGGAAUCUAGAAAGAGGAGGGGCUAGGGAGGGAUGGGAAGAGUUAUAGAGUGAGUGGAUGAGUGGAGAGGGAGUCGCAAGGACACAUCCUUCAAUCAAAGUUUUUACAGCAGCUAACUGAGUAACCUUAUGAAGAGAGUUAGAGUAUAGGAAUUGAAUGUACACUCGCAAGUGUCGCUUUUGUGAGCCCUCUAGGGGCCGGUGGCGGUAACUGCAGGCAACCUAUUUUUUUUUGCCCACGUGUUGCAUCAUCACGGGGACCAGACAAUGACCUGUGCCGUUAGCCUUAAAACCAUAUGGAUCUUAACUAAUCAAUUAAUGUCACUCAGUGCUGUGAUAAGCACCAGCAAGUCCUUAACGCCAGUACUGAUGCUUGAACAGAAUGAAAUGCUUUAAUAUAGGAAGCCAUGUUUGAAAAGAUUAUGCUUAACGGUGGGUGUAGGUUGGCUGGCAGCUCUGUAUAGCCCCGUUUAUACUGCGGGCCAUUGGCCCAGGAACUUAAGCCCAGGAACGUAGGCCCAGCCCCUGUACCAGUUUAUACCGCCUGGGCUAGGCCAGAACUGGACCAAACCAAGAACUGUUGUCCAGGUAACAGACCCUACUCAACUGCCAGGGCCACCAGUUAGCCCUGGGCUUAAGUUCCCAGGCUUCAGUUCCUGGGCCUAAGUUCCUGGGCCAAUGGCCCGCAGUAUAAACGGGGCUAUGUGGACCAUGACAUGAUCGAUCCGCUUCACCAAAUGGGCCAAUGCGUAAUUAUGCUAAAUACUGUGUUUUGCUUGCAUCAACUUUUUCAUUUCAACAAGUAUUCACACAACGCAUGUCAAAGGUCCUGCCAGGGCAGUGUACUACAAAGGAGGUGGAGGAGGUGAACCUGGCUUAGUUAACCCACAAGUAGACGUAAAUCUUGUCGUAGAAGAACCCAGGGCUUCAUUCUCCUUACUACACAAAUGCCAACAGACUCUAAUUUUGUCAUAUUUAGGACUACAAGAAUUACGAUCACCAUCUUUGUAGUUCUGGUAUACCCCUUUGUAUUACAGGACAGACUGAACUCCUUCUUCUUUGGUUGAUUUUUAUUCAUGGUAAUAGAUAGAUCUCUAGUCUACGAACACAUUCAGACUUUGCUUUGAACAACUCAGUAACAAAUGGGAAAGGGAUGUUGUGCCAAAGGAAUUGCACAUUGACACACACACACACAAACCCUCUUAUUUUUUUAUAUGGUUCUUCAAUAUAUUUCAUCAUGUAUGCACCUGUUUGUAACCACUCCAGUUUAAUCGCCAUAAUCUGUACUGGGCAUUUAGGAAACCAUGCCAACGGCACGUGCCAAUAAAACUUAUAUUUACUUCCUGU